AUGGCCACUACCACUGCCACUGCCACUGCUUCUUCCAGUUCUGCUCAGAGUCAGCUGGUGAACCCCAUCCACCCCGACUUCCACGGCUACCUCGACCCCGACUUCAUCGAGUAUUACAACACUCGACUCGCCACGCGGCCGGCCACGCACCAAGCACCAGUGGACUUUGCGCACAUUCGGGCCCACCCAGAAGAAUUCCGCCCGCACUGGUGUAGAGACUACAGCGACCGACCGCGGGUGAAGACGGUCGAGAUUGCGUCGGGAGAUGGCUUCAUCUUCCAGCUCAGAGUCUACAGUCCGGAUCCCGAAGUGUUUGGGCCAGGGCCGUAUGCUGUCCAUGUCAACUAUCAUGGCGGCGGCUUCUGCUUCGGCGACCUUACCGAAGACGCCGAAUAUUGCAUGACUGUCUGUGAGCGAGUGGGAAUCGUAGUCGUGGAUGUUGAUUACCGACUUUGUCCAGAGCAUAAAUUCGGCAAAGGAACCGAAGACGGCUGGGCCGCACUGAACUGGGUCCACACCCACUCCACCCAAAUCAACACUCGAUCCGACUCCAUCUCCAUCGGCGGCGUAUCGGCGGGCGGCUUCAUGGCCUGCAUCUACCAACACAUGGCGCGAGACGCCGGCCUGGACUUACGACUGGCCGUGCUCUGCGUACCCACGGUGCAGGACCGGACGCCGUUCCGACGGCCCGAAGACGCCGGUUUCCCCUCGUACGUCGAGAACGCCCUGGCGCCAUGCCUGAACUGGACGCGCCUCACCUUUCUGAAAGACGUGGUGGGCGACCGCUCCCGCGUGCCUAGCCUCUGGAACGAGCCUUUGCACGCCCCCGACUUCACCGGCAUUUGUGACAGCUUCAUCGCCACUGCGGGCGCCGAUCCCGUGAGAGACGAGGGGGAGGCCUAUGGGAUGAGACUGGUCGGUGGGGGGUGUAAGGUGACGUUUAGACGAUAUACUGGAGUUCCGCAUAUUUUCCAGCACAUGGCGGAACUGGCCAAGACGAAAUUAUAUGUCGACGACACUUGUGCGGCUUUGAAGAACGCUCAUGCAUGA